GUAUUUGAAUUUAAAUAUAGGUUUCUCUAUUAUCUACGUUUCUCAAAAUGAGACACCUUUUCGUCCUCGCCACACUGGCCAUUGUCAACGUUAUGGCAGCUGGUGAUCGUGACAGCUUCGACGAAAACGUCGAAAUGUUGGGUGACGGAAAUCUGGAUGCUGAAUUCGACGCUUGGAUAACGUCGGAGGAAAAGCAAGCGAAGAGUGGAGAGGCAAGUGUGGAAUACAAGGAGGGUCAGAAUAACCAUGGUAAAGACAGCGGAGACGAUGUCAGAGAUGACGAGGAAGAAGAUAACUGGAAGGCUAGGGGUGCUACGAGAGGCAAUGUCAGAGAUGACAGGGAGGAUCGCCGAUUGGACAUAGGAAAGAGGAGAGGCAAUGGAAGAGGAAGAUGGCCUUCCAAAGAGGUUACAAUGGUCAAGAAGCACUCAUACCAAGAAUCAAACUGUCCAAGGGAUUUUGUGUAUAUCGCCAAGCUGAAGUUCUGCUUCAAAGCGAUUCACGAGAAAGGCUGUAUGUACACCGCCAAGAGAAGAUGUCGGGGCAUGGUCCAGGGAGGUCGCCUUGUACAACCGGACACAAGCGACAAACUGAAAGAACUAACUAAAUACACCAACAGCCUUAAACACAUGACUCGAACUGGCUUCAACAUUGGCGCCAUGAAACUGUUCUCAGUCUACAAGUGGAUGGACGGAAGCGAAAUGAAGUAUUCCAACUGGUGCCCUGGUUCCCCGGAAAGAGGUCACAUGUGUGUCAAACUCAUCUCGCAGCGAGAAGACGAGGGCACGUGCAUGGAUGACGACUGCUGCUUCCGCCCGGUAUACUUCAUCUGUGAAAAGCCUAUCCUGUAAUGAUAGGGGUGGCCCAGUCUGAAGUCUGUUGAAAGAACCUUCCCGAGGCAAGCGAGAUAACUGACUGUAAAAGUCCAGUUUCCACCCUUGUCGAACUAGGCUGGAAUUAUGGAGUUACAUUUUGCC